UGUUGUCAUCUUCGGUGUGUGUCUUUCGGUCACGAGCGAGAGAGAACAAGCGGGGAUUCCAACCCACCCAUCUAUCGAGAAAGUAAUGGGAAACGUGGUUGGGCAUCUCCGGGUCAGGGCGGUGGUUGGCGUCGACCUCGUCCAGCGUUCGUCGUCAUCGUCCUCAGGGCGAUCAGGAGUAAUUUGAAUCAAGAGUGGAACGAGGACUUGAAUUUAUCUCUCAGAUACCAUCUAUCCCUUAAGCUUUCUUUCCAGUGUCGUCAUGGGAAGGCGUACCUGUUCAAUCAUGGCACAAAUAUCUCUGUCGGAGACGAAGAAGAGAGAGUGCUGUUUUCUGGAAUGCACACCGUAGCUGACAUUUUCUGCUGCUGCUGUGGACAAAAUGUUGGUUGGAAAUACAUGAUGAUCUCAAAGCUGUUGGAAGUCAAUUUUAUAUGCGGGCUAACACAUUGUAACCGGGUGGUCGCACAAGAGAAGACCCAAAAGUACAAAGAAGGAAAAUUUGUCUUGGAAAGGGGUAGAAUAGCUGAUGGAACUGACUUGGAGUUCUACGUCGAUACCCGUCCGAGCGGGAGUGGUAGUGUACGAUGUUUUGACGUGGAUCAGCUCGUAAACUAUUUUGAUGUUGAAUUUAUGUUCUUGGGUUUCAUUUGGUGGAUCAUUAUUAUUGAUUAUAUGUGAAUUGUUCACCCGUGGAAACAGAAGUAUUAGGUGACCGACCGACCAUGGAGGCCCGACCCAGUGUUGGAAGUGGACAAGUUGAGCACAUGCGAAGCUGGUGUGCUCAUCCUCGGAGUCCAAACGUGCGGCGGGCACGGCGGAAACGCUCGCGUCCCGUCGAUUCUUUUUACCGCUGUCGUGCAGCAGUAUGCUGUCUCUCUCAGUCCAUCAGCUCCCCCACGGCCAACACACAACACCUGCCUCCUCACAGGAAGACUUCGCAGCGCCCCGAUGUACCACGCUGGGUUACGUGUCAUAUGAACCAUCGGUGCCCCCCCCUUCCCCGCCCGGGGGGGCUCAUGCAUUCCCGAGGACGCCAUCACUUCCUCUCAC